GCAUUUAUUGACAAAAUGAAAUAUAACACAAUGAAAUCUCCCGAAAAAGCCACUCGCAACCAUAACUCGCUUCACAUUUCUCUGAUUCAAUUUACACAUCAAUGAGAAGCAAUUUCCUCACAAUGAUAAGGAAUGAGGAGUGAAUACACAGAGUCGACCUAUCAAUUGCACAGCAUCUCUGUAUUGAAAACAAUCUUCUGUUCGUUCAGUUGGAGAUUUUCCUCUCGUCUAAAAGUGCAAUCUAGUGCGGAUUUUGCCAGAUUCCUGGAUAAUGUCAAGAGCAACACUCCGGCUGAGGAGCAGAAAGUAGCUGCACUGGAAGUGAUAAAUCGACUGAUUCCUGAGAGAGCUCAUGAGUUCACCGUCGAGAUUAAUACCAGCCUCCCGAUCAGUUUCAAGAUAUCGAAAAGGAGCGAAGAUGAUAAAGUCAGCAUCACAGCGUCCUCAGGGAUCACAGCUUGCAAGGGAUUCUACCAUUAUUUGAAAUACUACUGUGGCUGUCAUGUAUCUUGGAAUGAGGAUCAGCUGGCACUGCCUGAAAUCCUUCCUCUUGUGCAGCUGUCCAGAACUUCCCCUAGUCGCUUCGUGUACUACCAGAAUGUCUGCACGUGGUCAUAUUCCUUCGCCUCCUGGACGUGGUUCGAGUGGCGUCGCCACAUUGACUGGAUGGCGCUCAAUGGAAUCACUCUGUCCCUGGCGCCAGUUCAGGAGAGCAUCUGGACAGAAAUCUAUCGAGAACUGGGACUUACGCAGAAAGAGAUUGAUGAACACAUUGCCGGACCGGCGUUUCUGGCGUGGCAAAGGAUGGGAAACAUUAGAGGAGUUGGAGGACCAUUGCCAGACACCUUCAAGGAUCGCCUGGAUUUGCUUCAGAAGCAAGUCGUCUGUGAAAUACGACGCCUAGGCGGGAUUGUAGCCCUCCCAGCUUUUGCUGGUCACGUUCCUGUUGCUCUAAAGAGACUCUUUCCACAGGCUUCCUUCACGCCAGUUGAGAGAUGGAAUAGGUUCAGCGAUGAAGAGUGCUGUCCACUAUUCCUUGAACCUUCUGAUGCUCUCUUCCAGACAAUUGGUGAAAACUUCCUUAGCAAAGUGACUGAGCAAUAUGGAUCGGAUCAUAUUUACUUCGCUGAUCCCUUCAAUGAGAUUCAACCCGCUGAAGCGAAUGGCGAUUACCUGAAGAAAUCUGCGCAGGGAAUCUUUUCAGCCAUGAAGACAGUGGAUGACAAAGCCGUGUGGCUGCUUCAGGGUUGGAUGUUCGUGAAGAAUCCCUUCUGGAGCGAUGAACUCUUGGAAUCCUUUCUCACAGCCAUUCCACGUGGUCGCUUCCUGGUUCUGGAUCUCAUGUCUGAGCAAUAUCCUCAGUAUGAACGCACAAACUCGUACUACGGCCAACCUUUUAUAUGGUGCAUGCUUCACAACUUCGGCGGAACACUGGGAAUGCAUGGAUCAGUCAACAAUGUCAACGUCCUCGUGCCCUCAGCUCGCGAGAGAGUCAAUAGCACAAUGGUGGGCGUUGGUGUGGCACCUGAAGGCAUCUGGCAGAACCACGUGAUGUAUGAAUUCGCACUGGAGAUGGCCUGGAACUAUGACUCUGUGGAUGAAGAGGCCUGGUUCUUCAGAUACUCAACUUCUCGCUACGGAAUCGUCGAUGGACAAGCCGUUGAUGGAUGGGAAGAACUCAGGAACAGUGUCUAUGCAUACAAAGGCCUGGAUAAAAUCAAUGGAAAGUACACUUACUGUCGAAGACCCAGUCUUAAACUGUCUCCAUGGAUUUGGUAUGAAAGAGCUAUGAUUGAGCGUGCUUGGGAGAACUUCAUCAACGCCUCCGAAGCUCUGAAGACUUCAAAACUCUUUCUACGGGAUCUCGUGGAUGUAACCAGACAAGCUCUACAAAAUCGCGCAGAUGAGAUUUACCUAGUCAUCAUACAAGCCUACAAUCACCAGCAAACUAUCGCUGUUGAGAGAAUGUCUGCUCAGUUCCUGGACCUCUUGGCAGACAUCGAGAGAAUCCUGAGGAGUGACGAGCACUUUCUCUUGGGACGCUGGAUAGAGAGCUUCAAAGCGAUGGGCAGAACAGACGCCGAGCGGCAUCUCUACGAGAUGAACGCCCGGAAUCAAGUGACUCUGUGGGGUUCUAGUGGUGAGAUUGUGGAUUAUGCCACAAAGCAAUGGAGUGGAAUCAUUGAGGACUACUUCAUCCCGCGCUGGAAAGUGUUCUUCGACGAAAUGAUCACUGCAAUGAAGCGAAACUCCACGAUUAAUAACAAUCAAGUGCAGGAGAAGAUCUUCAAAACCAUCGAAGUGCCUUUUACUCUGGACACGAAAAUUUAUCCUGUGACUUCUGAAGGCGACUCCCUGGCCAUUUCCACUGAAUUGUAUGAUAAGUGGGCAGAUCUGAGACUGAACAUUGUCGUUCCCAGAGAAAAACCCAAGAGAAUGCGAAGAAGGAAUCGCAAGACUAAUUAAAACUCCUAUUCUUAC